AUGGACUUCCACAGCAGCAGGAGGCGAGGCGAGGAUGGCAUUGCGAUGGUGAUUGACUUCCUGCUGUCGAAUGCCCGGUUGGUUCUGGGAGUUGGUGGGGCUGCAGUGUUAGGCAUUGCUACACUAGCAGUCAAACGGCUGAUAGAGCGUGCUGGCCGUGCCGCUGAGGAAGAAAAGGUGGAGCAGAAGAUGGCUGAGAGCUGGGAGGAGCUCAGUUUAGUCUCUGCUUCACCCACACUAAUCAAAAAGGGCUUAGAAGGUGUGGUGAUGAAACAUGUAGCGAAGGCAGCCAGACAGCAGAAAGCUGACCUGUGCCAGCAGCCACAGGUGUCCGGAGUCACAGGUGGUCUGGAGGUACAGUCUAAGCCAGAGUCCAAACCUAAGAGAAUCCAACUGUGUGUCCUCACUUUGCAGGAGCGUCUGCAGCAGUACUAUCACACAAGAGCAGCAUUAGCUCCUGCAGAGGUGAGCAGGGCCCAGAGCCUCGCGCUGGACAUCUGCACCGAGAUCCAGGGCUUCUUGCGCACGCGUCACCCUGACAUGCCCCUGGGAGAAAUGAGCCUGGGAGGUUCUCUACUGGACGAUCUACAGGUAGUAAGUGCGGACCAUGCAUGUCUGCUGGUGCCUCUCCAGCUCGAACCCUCUCUGUGGCAGCUCAUCCGUGGGGAGGACACUCUCAUCACACACCCCCUCCACUGGAUGGUCCGACGGGUCAACCUGGAAUACUUUCCCAGAGGACGUAGCUAUUGGGACAGGUUCCUGGUGGGGGGUUACUUGUCCUCAGAGGCUGUAGUGAGCAUGUUCAAUAAGUCGGUCAUGGAAACGAUGAACUGGCCGUCCAUCAGCAGCACUUUGGACUGUGCAGUUAGACCUGUACUUGGAGGACCAGACCUUCGACUCGAGAUUCAGCCCAGGGAUGUAGAGGGAGGAGCAGCCAUUAGUGACCACGCCCUGUUCGUCUCCAUGGUGCCUCUGCUGAGGGAGGGGGAUGUGGUUCUGACAGCCCAGCCGGAGCUCACCUCUCCCUGGGUCAACGCCUGGCGCCUCUCUCUCUAUCCCUGGGAGACCCAGCGCCUGGCUCAGCUCGACGCCUCCGACAACGGCUGCCGUAGACACCUGCUCAAAACCCUCAAGGCGGUGUGCAGACAUAACCCUGCCCUGCGACUGCUCAACGCUGCCCCGCUGGCCAACCUCAUCCUGCACCUCAGCGACAGCGAGAGCGACUGGUCAGAGAGCAGCCUAGAUGUGCGAUUCCAGCAGUGCAUCAUCGAGCUUAUUGGCUACCUUGAGCAAGGGGUGUUGCCCAGUUACUUCAAGCCAGCUGUCAAUUUGUUGAGCGGCUUGUCAGAGGACCAGGUGGACCAGAUGGGCUUCAUGCUCUACUGUGCUGUGUCAGAGCCCGAAAUCCUGCUCAUAUAGCUUCCUGCACACACACACACAGAGUUCAAAUGACAGAGUCAGACAGGUACACAUCUGAAAUCAGACAAAAACAACCUUUGAACAUGAUAUCUUUAUGAUAAAAAUUUUUUGGUGCAGAGUGCAGAUGUUAGAAGACACUUCACUCUCUUAAGUGAGUGGUCAUUAUUCACACAGGCCUCCUCCUUGUGUACUUCCUCCUACACUGAGCCGAGGGAACAGGAUACAUUUGGUGAACGACAACAUGGCAGGCACCAUGGACUAGUCUAUACUCUCACAGUUGAACAGUGCAGGUAGAGGAGAAGAUACAAGGAGACUGAAACACAUAAUGAAAGCUUACGAUGCUGCACAAAAGUGACAAUUCUGCUAAAUAAACUACUUAAAGAAAAGGAGACGUGCCAAGGAAAGGAAAUGAGAAAGUGUUUAUUAAAAUGUUUGAAAUUAUGCUUUAGGACGUGCCUGAUCGUGACUCCCCACACACAGCCAAGUCUAAGGAUUAUGCCAGAGCACUUGUGAAAUUACCAUAUCCUACAUGAACGGUUUGUGUGCGACUGUGAUCCUUCACAUGUAAAUGUUUAGUGUGGGAGUCAUUAAAGGUAAACAUAGCCAUAUAUAUCCAUUAACAGCAGGGAGAGAGAAAGGGUUUGAAGCUGUAAUAGGUGCUGUGAAAGCAUAUAUUCUUCUUUAAUUGAGUAGACGAUAGUGUGUGCUCUGCAUCACUUUCCUAACUCUCCUUUAAAUACUCUGACUGUGCAGAACUACAAUAACCUCUUGAAAACAGCCAGGUAUUUCUGCUCUUAACACCAUUCAUUCUGCCUCUUCUGUCAGACAGAUUAAACUCAGUAUGUGUCAUGUAUAUUUCACCACCAUACUGGAAUUUUAAGUGUGCAAUAUCUUUUGUUUUUCCCAUUUAGUUUUCAAUCUGUUGCCAAUCUUAUCUGGGCAAACUAACCCUUUAUAUUGAGGUUACAGUUGCCUAAGGAUUUUAUGCAGUUGCUUUUUAAUACAGUAUGAAUGUCGUUGGAACUUGGUUUAGUUGUGUUUUCAUGAUGAGUGAAAGAUUUUCUGCAAUUGGAGUGACAAUGAAAAUAAAGUUUGUUGCAGUUGUUGA